AUGGAUAAAGAAUUAAGGAAUGCAUUAAGGCCAAACUUUGAAGAAAAAGCACCUAUGAAUGCCUCUGCUUGGACAAGAACAGAGUAUAAUAAAUUGUUAAAGUCAUACGUUAGAAGAUAUAAUAAUGUUAAUUACUCUCUGAUCUGUGAAGAUACAAAUAAUAUCAAAGAGGAAAAUGAUAGUCAUAAUGAAAACCAUGUCGACAGUUUUGAAAAGGAUAAUGGGAAUAGAGAAAGAAGAAGUAAAAGUUUAGUAUCAACAAAAUAUAAUAGUGAUUAUGAGAAGAAUGACGAUUAA